AUGCUACCGAUAAUCAUAUCAACUGGAACGGCGAAGGCAGACGCCGAUACACGCAAGCUUAUCAGAAGCCAUGUCAUGCUGGGAAAGAACCGUGGCAAAUACCGACGUUCGGGGCGCGUUGAUCGAGCGGAGUUAGAACACGACGAGACUUGCAACGAAAAACAUAGAACAUUGCGGAAGCAGUCUCGCCCAUUAACCAAGAGGCCACCUUCCAUCAUCCCGCAAACGGUUGGCUCGGAAGUCUCCCUGCUACAGUUCGCUGACACAGUGGAACCGGCGUUGGCUGUGGACAUCGUAAGAUUUUCGGCUAUGUCGAAGAGAACCUUAUUCACGCUGGAGAGAUACCUUUCCUUCCAGAAGAAAAAUGACCAGUGGCACGAUCUGUUGAUAGUGGAUCCUGUUUAUCUCCAUGGUAUGGCUUUCAUAACGCAGGAUUUCUUCGACGGACUGUCCGGUUGGCAAUCUGAAGCCAACAAGCCGGCCUCAUUACACUUCUUGAAAACACUUCAACUCCUCCGCGAGAGGCUGGCCCUUCCAGACGAACAGGCUAAAACGUCGGAUGCUACGAUAAUGGUGGUUCUGUUUCUCACAACACAUGCACAUGUCAAGGAGGAUCUGGACUCUGCCAAGCACCACCUCAGGGGCCUUCGUAAAAUCGUGGAUCUAAGAGGUGGCAUGGCCAACUUGACCUACGAUGUGAAUCUGAAGACCGAAAUAUACCGGUCUGACUUAUCAAUCGCCCUUCAAGGGUGCACAAGGCCUCUCUUCUUCGACGACCAUUUACUACAUUCGAUGCUGACAGCACCAACUAUGGGUAAGCACGCCAACGAACAAUUCCUCGAAAAUAUAGACGAUGAUCUAGCCCGAACAUGGAGUAUAAUGAAGCGAUUUUGUGUCCUCGUAAAUGAGGCCAUCAGCGCGCAACAAAGACUGUCUAUGGAUUUCUUCAUGGAGACAAUGACUUCAGUGAUGUACCGCCUGCUCCAUAUCAAGUUUGAAACCGGCUCGAUUGCUGAAGCCAUCCGCCUCGGGCUUCUGGCCUUCUCCUCCCAUGUCUUCUUGCAGUGGCAAGAUAUCCGACGGCAGUAUAUCCAAUUCUCUACUACUUUUAAAGAGAGUCUUAUGUCUCUCAAGGAUUUAGAUGGCGUAUCAUCUCAUAUUGUACUUUGGCUUUUGAUCGUCGGUGGUAUCUCAGUCUUUAGUACUGCUGACGAUGCGUGGCUCAAGCCUUGGCUGCGGGCUAAUAGCCAACUAUGCAAGGUAAACUCAUGGCCAGCGAUGAGAGAUGUCUUGGAGUCAUUUAUGUGGAUUGGUGUGAUACACGACAAGUCUGGAAAGGAUUUGUUCGAAUCUGCAUUGUUGCAACCAUCUCCCGAAGUGUACCUGCCCAGUGUAUGA